GUGUGAUAAGCUGUGACACAGGGAGCGUGGUGGAAAACACUACCGGCUUCUACCGCGCUCGUGGCGACACGAAUAACCGGCUGCUCGUCAUGGCAAAUCGAAAGCGAUGCUCGAUUCCCGGUGUCUGCUGUGUAACGCCGGAGAAGAGAGCACAGGUGUCCGAGCUGGACCACACGCAGUGGGGAGUUGAGGAAACGUGUCAGUACCUACGAAGAGAAGUCUUGAAAGGUGGGAAGACACAUUCAGAGCACAAAACAUCACAGGAGUCGGGCUGAGGUAUCUGGAGGAACCUGAUCUGGAGAAGAUUGGAGUGAAGUGCUUUCGUGACCGUCUGUAGAUCCUGCAAAGUCUCAGGAAGCUAUGGCAGGGGAGCCAACCAAGGUGUUCAAUGAUCCAGUUCAUGGACAUGUGGAGUUGCACCCUCUUCUCAUCAAAAUCAUAGACACACCUCAGUUCCAGAGGCUGCGCAACAUCAAGCAGCUUGGAGGGACCUACUUUGUUUUCCCCGGAGCAUCACACAACCGAUUUGAACACUCCAUUGGGGUUGGUUACCUGGCAGGGCAACUUGUACAAGCUCUUAAUGAGAGGCAGCCAGAACUCCUCAUCUCUCGCAGAGACAUCCUUUGUGUGCAGAUCGCUGGGCUCUGCCAUGACCUCGGCCAUGGACCAUUUUCCCAUAUGUUUGAUGGGAUGUUCAUCCCACAGGCACGUCCAGGAAUUAAGUGGAAGCACGAGACUGCCUCAUUAGCCAUGUUUGAUUACCUGGUCGAAGACAAUGACUUAAAGCCGGUGAUGGAGCAGCAUGGCCUGGUGCUGCCAGAGGACCUGGUCUUCAUCAAGGAACAGAUCGCAGGACCACUGGACCUUAACAGAGAUCAAGAGAAAGCUGCAAAUUCUGCCAGUGUGAAAAUAACCUGGCCGUACAGAGGCCGCCCAGAAGACAAGUCCUUUCUUUAUGAAAUUGUGUCCAACAAAAACGGGGGCAUUGAUGUGGACAAGUGGGACUCCUUUGCCAGGGACUGCCACCACCUGGGCAUCCAAAACAACUUUGACUACCGCCGCUUCCUGAAGUUUGCCCGAGUGUGCGAGGUGGAAGGGCAGAAGAACAUCUGUACACGAGACGAGGAGGUGGAUAAUAUGUACGACAUGUUCCACACCAGGAACUGUCUCCACAGAAGAGCUUAUCAGCACAAGGUUGGCAACAUCAUAGAGACCAUGAUCACGGAGGCCUUUUUAAAAGCAGAUCCAUACAUUCAGAUUGAAGGCUCAGGAGGGAAGACCUUCACUCUCUCCGGUGCCAUAGACGACAUGGAGGCUUACACCAAACUGACAGAUCAUGUGUUUGAACAAAUACUCCACUCGUCCUCCAAAGAACUGGCCGAGGCCAGGCAGAUUCUUCGCAACAUUGUCUGUCGACGCCUCUAUAAGUGUCUGGGCCGAACUCACCCGCAGGAACCUCUGGAGGUCGUCACCGAGGAGAAGAAAAACACCUGGAAAAAAGAACUGGCAGAGGCCUUUCCUCAGAACAACACUCGGGGUGUCAAUCUAAACCCAGAGGACUUUGAAAUAAGUGUCAUUGGUAUGGACUAUGGAAUGAAGGAAAAGAACCCCAUCAACAAAGUGCGUUUCUACUGCAAGGAAGACCCAACUAAAGCCUUCAAGAUAGACAAGAAACAGGUGUCAAAACUCCUGCCAGAGCAGUUUGCUGAGCAGCUGAUCACGGUCUAUUUCAAGAAGACUGAUGACACCAGUCUGGACGCUGCCAAGAAGCACUUUGUCAAGUGGUGCAUGGACAUGGACUUCACAAAGCCUCAGGUAAUAAAAGUCAUCUGCUGCUGCUGCUGCAGUGUUAAUAAUUGUAGAAGUGUAUUUGAGAGUGGGAUGGUUGUUUGUUUCUGUACGUGUGGCCCUGCUGUGAUUUCAUUUCCACAGACGACUUCCUUCCCUUCUUCAAAACAACAAAAGCAAAGAGGGGUCCAUACAAUAGCGCGGCGUCACGCACUGCUAACUUCUGUUCUUUUUGAUAUGGUGACACACAGGAAGUGAUGCCGUAGUCUGCUGCUGGAAAUCUUUGCAGAAAAGAGCGGAAGAUGAUGGGGGGGGCGGGGCAUCGUGAUCGGAUAGCAAUUGGAUCGUGAUGUGGACACUGGAGACGCAUGCUACUACCAGGUGUAGAUGCAUGUGGUGAAGUGCUAUCCAAUCACUAUCUGAUCACAGAAAACAUAAUCAUUCUAAUGUAAACAGGGCCGUGAAGUCAACUAAUAGAUGCACCACCAAUGAUUUGUUUUUUUAUAAGUGGAAUCAGUAAAAGUGGGGGUUGCAGCUUACUAAUUAUUUUUUAUAAAUCGAUUAUUCUGUCAAUUAUUUUCUGGAUUUAAACAAGAAAUCAUUUGGUCUAGAAAAUGUCAGGAAAUGCCAAUCAAUGUGUUUCCCAAAUCUUAAAUGUCUUGUUAAACACGCACACACACACACACACAGAGGAUCUACAGCUGUCACUGUACUGUAUGAGGUACAGUGAGUCUUGGUUUUAACUUGAGAAAUUUUUUGGGAAUCUGGUUUGAUCUUACUUUGAAUAUAUUUAUUUCUCUUUUAUGUUUGGUUGUGGUUUGUUAUAUCGCCCUUUAUUUAUUGUUCUGCCCAUAGUUUGCUGAGCUUCACCUCUUAUAUAUAAAAUAUUUUAAAUGGUAUUUAUAUUUUUUUUUACUCUAUACCAUUUUCAAUGUUUUACCAAAGUGUGAUGCAGCCUCAUCAAAGUUGCCUCAUAGCAGGGUUUCUUGUGUUUGAGUAAGAAAAAUAUAUAUUUGGAAAAAUGUAAAAGGGGGAAAGUAACAAGAUUGGGUGAAGGUAUUUCCUGUUGGGGAAAAAAAGUUUUAGAAAUAAAACUCUUUCUCUCAUUUGUGAUUUGAAUUUGUUAAAAUACCAGCGGACACACAUGCACACAGUUCAUUUCCAUUGUUGCUUAAACUCUCACUUAUUUUCUG